UAUAAAAAGACUAUAAAAAGUUUGACAAACUAAUUGAAGAAUUUGAACAAAUUGACCAAAACAAUUUGAUACCAGCACAAGUUUUAGAAUUCACGGAGUUGACCACACAGUUUCAAGAAAUAUUUGACCGAAUUAAAUUAGUGGAAGCCAAGACCGCUCAAGUAAGUACCACUACAAGUUUUUCUGCUAUCAAUGCAUUUGUAAAGCCCCAAUUGCAAAUUCCCAGGUUUGCUGGAGAAUCCAAUGAGUGGAAUUCUUUCAAGAAUGUUUUUGAUGCAGUAGUGCAUUCAAGUCAAGAGUACUCUGAUGAGGCAAAAAUCAUUUUUGUUGACAUCCUACCUAACUGGGGAUGCACUUAUGCUUGUUCAAAAUCUGGCCAACACUGAAAAUUGCUAUCUAGCUGCCUAUGAUAGUUUACAUAACCGCUACAACAAUGCUAGGUAUCAGGCCUACUGCUUGUAUAAUAUCAAUCAAAUAUAACUGCUUGUAUAAUAUCAAAAAGAGAUAAGGGAAUGUUGGCAGGCUGACGUGGAAAGUUAGAGCUCCCUAUUUUUCUGUGAUUUAAGUGGGAUUUAGUUGUCUGUUCGUUCCAAAAUUUUUAUCAAGUGACAUCAAUACAUCAGUUCGUGAAGUUUCAAACUUUAAAUUUCUUUCAAGCUCGUGUGGUUCUUCAAAGUUUAUAAGGUGAAAUAGUUAUGGUUAUGUGACCACCAGCACUUCGUUCGAAGGUCGAAAAAGAUAAGGCUGUAUCAUCACCUGCCCAGCAGCGUAAUCAAACAAAACAACAGAGAGGGCAGACCAGCCGGCCUCCCUCCUCUUCGUCUUGCUUGUCAACUGCUGAUGCCGGCUCUGUUGCCAUGGCGACGCAAAACCAAGCUACCGAAGCUCUCGAAGCACUUCUACUCAGUGAUGAUUUCUGCAAUCGUUUCGCUGCAAGAAUCGAGGAUCGGCUCUGCGACAGCCUAUGUGAGACGGUCGGCGCUGCAUUGGAGGCCAGGCUUGAGGAUGCUGUCAAGACAAUCAACGAUCUGUCGCAGGAGAAUGCAGCGCUGAAGAAACAAGUGAAGCAGCUACAACAAAAAUUUGACUGUCGUUUGGAUGGCCUGGUCCAGUACCAGCGGCGCAACAACGUGCGGCUGUCUGGCGUGCUGGAGGCGGAUGGCGAUGACAGAGCAUCAACGAGUGUGGCUGCCAUGGUGGACCUGCUCAACGCUAAGCUCGGCUUGGAGAUUCGGCCAAACCAUAUUGACCGGUGCCAUUGUGUUGGAUGCAGGGUGAGGGCGGGGGCGCCACCUCGACAAGUGCUGAUCAAAUUUGUCAGCUAUUAGCGACGCAGUGAUGUCAUCUCAGCUAGACACAAACUGAGGAAUACAGGCCUUUCAAUUCACGAAGACCUCACUAAACCACGACAUCUUUUUUUGAGGCAGAUUGCUGACGAAGUUGGUUACAGGAAUGUCUGGUCAUGGGACGGUAAAGUUAUAUGGAAGAAGGAUGGCAAAAUUUUCACGCAUUCUUUCAAUCCAAGUUAUGUGAUGCAGCCAGAAGACUCUUAGUAAAAGUGAGUGGAUGCAUGUAAACUGCUUGGUGAGUAGUUACAUCUUUCAGUUGCUUGCUUUUAUAAAGUAAAUGUUAUCAUUCCUACUGGCGCUAUCAAUUGAACUCCCAAUUUCUAAGAUUCAUUUAUUAAUUUUUUUGCUCCAGCGUUUCUUUUUUAUUUUUUAGCUAUUUAUAUAUUUUUCUUCUUUGAUAAUAUCCAUUUGAGUAUGCUAGCAGCAUAGAGUUUUAUCAUUAUUAACAUUCGGUAAUUGAAAUUAUUAUUUACGCCUAAUAAGGGUUUAUUUAUUUAUGUUGUUUUUCUCUCAUUGCGAUAAUAAUUUUUCAUUUCAUUAAUUUGUAUCUGAAAUGAUUACUCUUGAUGUUUGUACUUUCAAAUGAAAUAUUUGUAGAAUCUAUUCAUGCCUCU